GCCGCCCGGCUGUUCCGCUGGUGCAGGUCUCCCGGCUCGUGAGAGUGCGCGAUGGCGUUCCAGUGUCAGCGCGACAGCUACCUGCGGGAGAUCACCACCGCCGUGGUCUCCUGCCGCCCCGCCGAGCUGCAGACCGAAGGGAGCAACGGCAAGAAAGAGGUGCUCAGUGGCUUCCACGUGGUGCUGGAAGACACGGUGCUUUUCCCCGAGGGCGGGGGCCAGCCUGAUGACCGUGGUACUAUCAAUGACAUUUCUGUGCUGAGAGUGACCCGCCGCGGGGCUCAGGCGGAUCAUUUCACACAGACCCCUCUGGCCCCUGGAAGCCAGGUGCAGGUCCGGGUGGACUGGGAGCGGAGGUUUGACCAUAUGCAGCAACAUUCAGGACAGCAUCUCAUCACAGCAGUUGCUGACAAUCUGUUUGGGCUAAAGACGACGUCAUGGGAGUUAGGGAGACUCCGGAGUGUGAUUGAGCUGGACAACCCCUCUGUGACUGCAGAGCAAGUUGCUGCCAUUGAGCAGAGUGUCAAUGAGAAAAUCAGAGAUCGGGUGCCUGUGUGUGUUCGAGAACUGAGCCUGGAUGACCCCGAGGUGGAGCAGGUGAGGGCCCGGGGUUUGCCAGAUGACCAUGCUGGGCCCAUUCGAGUUGUUACCAUCGAGGGUGUUGAUGCCAACAUGUGCUGUGGGACCCAUGUGAGCAAUCUGAGUGACCUGCAGGUCAUUAAGAUUCUGGGCACUGAGAAGGGGAAGAAGAACAAAACCAAUCUGGUGUUUCUGGCUGGGAACCGGGUGCUGAAGUGGAUGGAGAGGAGUCAUGGGACUGAGAAAGCACUCACCGCCCUGCUGAAGUGUGGAGCAGAGGAUCACGUGGAGGCUGUGAAGAAGCUCCAGAACUGCACCAAGCUCCUGCAGAAGAACAACCUGAACCUGCUCAGAGACCUGGCUGUGCACCUUGCCCACAGCCUCAGGAACAGCCCAGACUGGGGAGCUGUGGUCCUUCUCCACAGGAAGGAGGGUGAUUCUGAGUUCAUGAACAUCAUUGCCAAUGAGGUUGGGUCAGAGGAGACCCUCCUGUUCUUAACUGUGGGAGAUGAAAAAGGUGCUGGACUCUUCUUACUGGCAGGGCCAGCUGAAGCUGUGGAGACCCUGGGGCCCAGGGUGGCUGAGGUCUUGGAAGGCAAAGGUGCGGGGAAGAAGGGCCGUUUCCAGGGCAAGGCCACCAAGAUGAGCCGGAGGGCAGAAGUGCAGGCGCUCCUGCAGGAUUAUGUCAGCACGCAGAGCUCUGAGGAGUGAGCGCCCAGGGCACCUGUUCCUGUGACCACAGAAAUCAAUUGCACAAUAAAAUAAUGUAACUCAAAA